AUGGAAUUCAAGGCAGCUAUAAACUCGAUGCAAAUGUCAGGUAACUUGUAUGAAAAUUGGAAAUUCUUCAUACAAAGAUUCAAAAACUAUUUACAAGCUACAGAAUUAACAAAGAAACCUGAAAUAACCCAGUGUGCACAGCUAUUACAGUUAAUAGGGGACGAAGGGUUCAAAAUAUAUAACACGUUUAAGUUCUCAACAGAAGAAAAAGACAAGUUAGAACUGUUAAUAAAAAAAUUUGAAGCACAUUUCAAGCCAAAAAGCAACGUGUCAAAUGCAAGGUAUUGCCUGUUCACCAGAAAACAAGAAGAAGGUGAGUCAGUAGACAAAUUUAUAACAGAUAUUAUAAACAAGGCAAAAAAUUGUGAGCUAGAGAAUUUGGAGGACAGUCUGAUUAAGACUUGCAUAACUUGUGGGGUAGCAGAUGAAACGAUGAGACAGAGACUAUUAGAAGAAGAUGAGAUGAGCUUGGAAAAAGCAAUCAAUCUGUGUAAAAGUAUAGAAAGUUCAAAAAUCCAGUCUGAAAAAAUGAAGUCAGAGGAGGUGCACCACGUAAAGAAAAGAAACUUCAAUAAGAAAUAUGAAAAUAGAGAACAGUGGGAAGACAGAAGAGUGAAUCCAACUCAUUCGAAGUCCCAAGACGGCCAGUUCAAUGGUAAAUCUGGAAGCAGUUCAGGGUGCAGUAGGUGCGGAAUGGAGCACAGAGGCCAACCAUGCAAAGCAUAUAAAGCUAAGUGCUUGGUAAAUACUAAAAAUAGCAGUUUUGAUGAUGAUUUCAUGAUAAAUUUUGAAGUUAACAAGCGUAAAUUAAGCUGUAGAUUAGAUACAGGGGCAAUGGCAAACGUAAUAUCAAUAAAUAAGUUAAAUUCUCUAGAAGUUAAUGUUGAACUACAGAAAACAAACUGCAGGUUAACGACAUUUUCGGAUGAAACACUUAGGGUCAUUGGAAAAUGUAGUUUAGAAUGCAAGUAUAAAGAUAACAUGUACAACAUAAUGUUUUAUGUGGUAGAAAUUAAUUCACCAACGACAAUGAGCCACAAUGAUCGACUAAUUUUAAAUCGUAUUAGACUUUGGUGUAAUGGAUAUAACUUGACAAUAAGGUCCAACGGGGAAGUUCUUGGAACUGACGAUGAUUCUGACCCUGAUAAUAUGAUUGAAAUUUCGUUUAGAGAAGAGGAUAAUCUAAUAAGGCUUUUAGGUACUAAUAGCCAGCUGUAUGUAUGUUUUGACGAUAAGGGCCAGUUAUAUGGAGAGAAAGAUGCGAAAAAUCCAGGCACUCUCUUCAUGGAAACUGUUAAUGCUUCAUAUUCAACAUUCCAGACAACUUUGGGUGCCAAAAGUUGGUUUAUAGGAAUUCGAAAAAAUGGAAAACCGAAGCCAGGAAAAAGGACUGGGGAAGCACAAAAGGACACACGAUUUUUACUUCGAAAAUUAAUGACCGACCACCAUGAGCUACGAAUGAGCCACGAUGAUCGACCACUUGCAAAUCGUGUUAGACUUUGCUGUAAUGGAUAUAACUUGGCUAUAAGGUCCAACGGGGAAAUUCUUGGAUCUGAUGAUGUAUCUGAUCCUGAUAGCAUAAUUGAAAUUACUUCUGGAGGAGACGAUAAUCUAGUAAGGCUUUUAGGAAAUAAUAGCCGGAUGUAUGUAUGUUUUGACGAUAGCGGACAGUUAUAUGGAGAGAAAGAUCCGAAUAAUCCAGGUACUAUCUUCAAAGAAGCAUUUAUUGAUUCAUAUUCAACAUUCCAAAGCACUUUGGGUUCCAAAAGUUGGUUUCUAGGAAUUCAAAGAAACGGAAAACCGAAGCCAGGCAAAAAGAGUGGGAAAACAGAAAAGGACAAACGAUUUUUACUUCGAAAAGUAGUAAUAAGCCACAAUGAUCCAGAAUUUUCAAAUCAUGUUAGACUUUGGUGUAAAGGAUAUAACUUGACUAUAAGGUCCAACGGUGAAGUCCUUGGAACUGACGAUGAUUCUGAUCCUGAUAGCAAGAUUGAAAUUUCUUAUGCAGAAGAAUUUAAUCGAGUAAGGCUUUUAGGUACUAAUAGCCAGCUGUAUGUAUGUUUUGACGAUAACGGACAGUUAUAUGGAGAGAAAGAUCCGCAGAAUCCAGGCACUAUCUUUAUAGAAGCUUAUAUAUCUUCAUAUUCAACAUUCCAAAGCACUUUGGGUUCCAAAAGUUGGUUCAUAGGACUUCGAAGAAACGGAAAGCCAAAGCCAGGAAAAAAGACUUUUAAAACGCAAAAGGGCACACAAUUUUUACUUCGAAAUGUAUUAUAA